CAGGGUUAGUGGGGGUGUGUGUCCCCUUGGACUUUAGGAUUAGGUUUGAGGGUAGGGCUGGGAGAGAUAAGGUUGUGGAGUUUAGUGUGGUAAUACGAUCCAACGGGAAGAUGCGAUUGCAAGGUGUGCUUGACAAGACGAAGGAGUCUAAGGUGGGAAAUUCUACCGGUGACUGGUGAUGAGAAUUCAGUGCUUAAAGUCUAGCAGGACAUCUACCACUAUGAGCUGCAGCAUGGAUCUGUACAGGAACAAUGAAGCCUAUACUUAUCAUCGCAUCACUUCUACACCAACCAAAUAUAAGCAAAACAGAAACCGUCGGAAUUCCAUACCUCCAGCUCAAACUCCUAAAGGCAAGCACAUGUUGGCAUACCUCCCAAGGCUUGUAAUGGACACAGGCCGAUAUGGAACAUUUUCUGUAAAGUCAGAAACCAAGUUGUUACCCACAUUUGAGGAAGUGCCACAGUCUCCACAAAGUGGCGAAUCACCAGCAUCUGGGAGUUCCAGUGUCAUUUCAAUCUUGGGCUGCAAGGAUUGUGAAGCACACACAAUCAGCAAUACUUCAGCACUCCUGCACUGUUCCAGUCCAGAUAUAAACUGGCAGCUACCUGCACCCAACUCAACAGUAAAGCCCAGGUUAAGUGUGGCCCCUGAUGUGGAUGAAUGCUCGAGAUGCCAUCAUAUAUUACCCAGAAAGGCAAUUUUGCACGAUAUAAACACCAAGUGGUCCCCACCGAAUGCUGCCAGCCUACCCAACCUCCCGAACUACAGCCACAAUGUACGACCUACAAGAAAUAUCUUAUCUGUUCCCACAUCUCCAAAGCAGCGGUGUAAACUGAUAGACGACACUCAGCAACUCUUCAAAAUUGCAAGUCAACAGAAGCGACAGCGUUAUGUAAUGAAAGACGGCAAAUGCCAGGUGAAUCUUGGUUACAUCAAGGAAAAACAAAGAUUCCUGUUUGACAUUUUCACAACAAUAGUGGACCUGAAGUAUCGAUGGUUUCUCUUUGUCUUCAUGAUGUGCUACCUUGUCACUUGGGUCAGCUUUGGAUUUUUCUACUUCUUGGAUGCUUACUUUAGAGAUGACAUCAACCAUGUGGGGGAUGUUGACUGGAAACCUUGCUUAAAUAAUGUAGAUGGCUUCAUCUCUGCCUUACUGUUAUCUAUUGAAAGUCAAAGGACAAUUGGUUAUGGCUCCCGCAUGGUGACGUCAAAUUGCACAGAAGGGGUCAUUUUACUCAUAGCUCAAUGCAUUGUUGGUUCCAUGAUUGAUGCCAUGAUGGUGGGCUGUGUGUUUGUGAAGAUCUCACGGCCUAAGAAGCGAGCUGAGACUCUGAAGUUCAGCAAGUAUGCCGUGGUAUCACCCAGGGAUGAGUCCCUUUGCCUGAUGUUUAGAGUUGGUGACCUAAGAGAUAGUCACAUGGUUGACGCAAAGCUAAGAGCCAAGCUCAUCAAAUCUAGGCAAACGAAAGAAGGUGAAUUCAUACCUCUCGAGCAGACAGAGAUUAACCUUGGUUACGACACAGGGAAAGACCGACUCUUCCUGGUAGAACCACAGACCAUAAGCCAUGUUAUUAAUGACACCAGUCCUUUCUGGGAAAUGUCUGCUGACUCCUUGAAGAGAGAACAGUUUGAAAUUAUUGUAAUUCUGGAAGGCAUUGUUGAAUCUACAGGAAUGACUUGUCAGGCUAGGACAUCCUACAAAGAAGAUGAGAUUCUUUGGGGUCAUCGUUUUGAGUCUUGCAUCUCCUUGGAGAAAGGUGCAUUCCGAGUUGACUAUAACAAAUUUGACAAGACAUUUGAAAUCCAGAUGCCAUCAUGCAGUGCAAAGGAUAUACAGGAAACAAAAGAAACAGAGACAAAUUACCUAUCCUCAAUCAAUCUAUACUGGGAUCAUAUAAAUCACUCCUGUGCCAAACAGCAGGGCCACAACUUCACUGGGAAUCACAACAUUGCAGAAGAAAGAAACAUGAAAGUCUUGGAGAAUUAAUAAAAAAUGGAAUAACUUGUGUUCAACAAAAAUCACAUUUUGAACUCAAGGGACAAAAAUAAAAAGGUCAACAAUGCUUAAAACACUCUGAGGCAGAAGUAACUGACGUGUACAUUUGAAAGAAAUGGAUAAGACAAAUUUAUAGAGCUACUGUAAAUGAAAUCUAUUAAAUAUUUCAAGUUUCUAUUUUGCAAAGGUUAGUAUAAUCUGAAAAAAUAUAAUGAUUCAUGGUUAAAGAUCAAUAUUAUGUUGGGUAGAUAGCUUGAUGUUUCAUGAGUAACCUUCAUUUUAUAAGAAUUUUCCUUCAGCAGACUCAGUUGUAGAGAAUGGUUGAAAUAUUUGCAAACGUUGCCCCAUGGGUCAAAUGACCAACAAAUUUACAGAACGGAAGUUGUUUACCUUUCUUCAUUCCUUGUUUUCUUACAUUUCAGUUUGACAUCCCUGAAUGAAGUCCCUACAUUUUCCCUUCCCUAGAGGAUGUUUCGUACAAUCUACCAUAGCUUUCAAGAGUUGACUUGAUCAAGUACUAAACUCUGUCUUAUUUUAGUUAUUAUGGUUCAUAAUGAACAAGGGGUUAUUUCCAAUGCAGUUAGG